GCUGCGUGCGUGCGCGCGCGCGCGGGCCACGUGAGCCGGCGCCGCGCCGUGGCCCGCCGCGCGUGGCCCGCCCCGCGCCGCCGCCCUGCGCGCGCGCCGGCGUCGGCUGCGUCUCCGGCGUUUGAAUUGCGCUUCCGCCAUCUUCCCAGCCUCAGUCGGACGGGCGCGGAGACGCUUCUGGAAGGAACGCCGCGAUGGCCGCCCAGGGAGAGCCGCAGGUCCAGUUCAAGCUCGUGCUGGUUGGCGACGGCGGCACCGGGAAGACCACAUUCGUGAAGCGCCACUUGACCGGCGAGUUCGAGAAGAAGUAUGUAGCCACCCUGGGAGUCGAGGUCCACCCGCUCGUGUUCCACACCAACAGAGGGCCCAUCAAGUUCAACGUGUGGGACACCGCCGGCCAGGAGAAGUUCGGGGGGCUGAGGGACGGCUACUACAUCCAAGCCCAGUGUGCCAUCAUAAUGUUUGAUGUAACAUCAAGAGUUACUUACAAGAAUGUGCCUAACUGGCAUCGAGAUCUGGUACGAGUAUGUGAAAACAUCCCCAUUGUGUUGUGUGGCAACAAAGUGGAUAUUAAGGACAGGAAAGUGAAGGCAAAAUCGAUUGUCUUCCACCGAAAGAAGAAUCUUCAGUACUACGACAUUUCUGCCAAAAGUAAUUACAACUUUGAAAAGCCCUUCCUCUGGCUUGCUAGAAAGCUCAUUGGAGACCCUAACUUGGAGUUCGUCGCCAUGCCUGCUCUCGCCCCACCAGAGGUGGUCAUGGACCCGGCCUUGGCAGCGCAGUAUGAGCACGACUUAGAGGUGGCCCAGACAACCGCUCUCCCGGAUGAGGACGAUGAUCUGUGAGAUGAAGCUGGAGCCCAGCGUCAGAAGUCUAGUUUUAUAGGCUGUCCUGUGAUGUCAGCGGUGCAGCGUGUGUGCCACUUUAUUAUCUAGCUAAAUGGAACAUGUGCUUCAUCUGUGUGAUGCUGAAGGAGAUGAAUGGGCUUCGGAGUGAAUGGCAGUUAAAAAAAAUACCUUCAUUGUUUGGACCUGCAUAUUUAGCUGUUCUGGAACGCAGUUGAUUCCUCCUUGAGUUUCAAAUAUAAGACUGCUACAGUCACAUCACAAUGUUUAGUGGUGAAAUCCUGUUUGUUAACUGUCCUUCCCAUUCCUUUUCGUUUAGAAUCAGAAUAAAGUUGUAUUUCAAAUAUCUAAAGCAAGUGAGCUCAUCCCUUGUUUAUAAGCAUUUUAAAACCACUAACAUAGGGAAGUUUAUGCCAUGUUAAUAUUAAAAUUUAUUGAUUUCAUAUAGUUUGAAAUCUGUUAGGUGAAUUUCUCCCUAGGGUCUACUUUUUAUUUUUUUGUAUAUUUGAAUCAUGUCACAAACUGGAUAUGGCGGGCCAACAGGAGUAUUCUAUUUAAGAGUUACGUGGUUGUAAAUAUUGUUAGUCCUGUUAAGCUAAAAUCACGUCUGCCCCACCUUCAUUUUGGCUACAUAGCCUUAUCUAGGGAAGAACUUGCUCAAAAUGUGUGACCUGUCAAAAAUAGGUUAAGGGUUGUGCUUUAUUAUGGUAAAGGUGACAGGAAUUUCAAUGUAGAACUUCAAAUACGGAUGGAACUGCAGGUGAUGGCGGGAGCUCUGGGGGAUUCUCGAGUGUUAACGAGUAUGAAUUCUGCACUUUGUGUUAAUGUUAGAUGUUUAGUGUGAAGUUGAUGCUCUAAGAAGAUGUUUCAUGUUUCCUGCUGCUUUCAAGUACUCCCAAGCUUUAAAGAUGUCUGAAAGAUUAAGGAUUUAAGUGGAACACACAGCUUUGGACAAUUAUUUUUUUCAAAGGAGGUUUGUGUAGGCAGGGCAGGCGAAGGACUAGGCAUACUGCAACAGUGACAGAAUGGGCUUCUCACUACGUACGGGAGACAGGUUCAACUUUCUACCAGAUUAAGCCUUUAAUCCCACAUUUAAAAGUAAAUUAGGUCUGUCUUGCUUAAGGGGUUUGAUCACAUCAAUACCACUGUAGCAGUUAGAAUCUUAAAAAUAGCUAUUUUUCUCACAGGUACUAUGUAGUCCAGUUUACCAAAGCUCUGUUUAGUUGUCAGAUUACUUGCCUACCUUAAAAUGAAAGUAAAGAUCAAAUUUAUGGAGAAAUGAAAUAAGGGUGAAUUGAAUGCAAUUAUGUGUGAACUGGAUCAUUUGCUUGAAAGCCGGAAUUGCUAUAUAUGCUGUGCUAUAUUCAAACCAGGUUUCAGCAGCCUGCGUGCGGUUUGAAGCCUUUUCCCCAUAGUUGGGAUGAAACCUUUCUUCAGACUUUGAAUUUGAGGUGUAUGUGUUUGUAACCUUAUGUAGAAUGCAAGCGUGGUGUCGAUGAUCUGAAUCUCACAUGUAACAGUUACAACUGGGAAGCUACUUCACUUACCUGUUUAACGUGGGGUGGGAGAGAAUUUACAAGUCACUCAUUGGAAGAAUAAUUGUUGCAAAAUAUAUUGCUUCUACUUU